GCGGCGACGAACGUGUACUGGGCAUGGCACUUCUGGGAGAGGAUCGCUGCCGUGGACUCCUCCAUGGGCUUCCACCCGGACUUGCGGCGCCUGCUGCAGACGCAUGGCUACGUGGGCGCUGGCACCAAGUCCACCCCCGGGGGAAACCUUCCGCAGGAGCUGGAGACGCUGGUGACCACUGCAGCGGCUCCGCACGGAGUAGGCAUGCAGGAGGUGACGGGCCAGCGGCGCGCGGCCGUCUGGACCGACCUGUGGACGGCGGCCACCAAUGUGGACUACCUGCUGGGUGGUUGCAGGACGCAGUCGGAGGUGCUAACACGCCUGGCGUCGGACGAUGCGCUCGAGCUGCACCUGCGACGGCUGGCGAGCUACGCCUACGAGCUGCGGACGAAGGACAAGGUGGGCGCGGCGGCCAGGCUGGCGGUGCGCCCGCCAGGGUCCUCCACGGACCUGGCGCCCACCUGGCUGGUGACAGAGGCCACCGCCCACAGCAAGGUGCCAGCUUCGGCGGAGGCGCAGGCGGCGGCGGCGUUUCAGCAGGAGGCAGCAGAGGCAGAGGAGGAGAAGGCGGGGGGCGUGGCCGUGGCCGAGGGGGCAAGCCCUCUGGCCGUGGCAAGCCGCAGGCGAGACCGGCGGGCCAGCGAGAAGCAUGCGACGACGCUGCUGGCCUGGAAGCUCGCGCAGCAGUACGCGUUGCAGGACGCGGCGCGGUAUGAGCGCGACUGCCCGGGGCUCGCCCCGACAGGCGGUCAUGGGACGGAGGUCGCUCACGACAAAGGGCCGCAGGACGCCUACACUGGCGACGUUCAGGAGGUAGUGGAAAGGCAGGCGCGGGAGCGCUGCAUGCGCGUCCUCUUCCUCUCCGCGGACCUCCUUGACGACCCGCGGUGGGACCUGGCGAACCCCGCCACUUUCUCUGCGCUGAUGGAGCUGUGCGAGGGGGGCAGGGUAGACAUCGUGCUGGGUGGGCCGCCGUGCUCGACGUGGUCGAGGGCGCGGUGCAAUCGUCGGAGGCCAGGCCCGCCGCCAGUCCGCUCUCGGCUCUGCCCCUUGGGCCUGCUGGGCUUGAGAGCGUGGGGGGCCGCGAGGAACCUGUUGGCGCUCUGCGAGGCGUGCGGCCAGAGUGGCGGCGCCUUCCUCAUUGAGCACCCGGAGGACCCAGGGCACGAGCCCUACCCAUCCAUCUGGAACACCGAGGAGAUGCUGGACUUCGAGGGGCGGCGCUCCGCCCAGCAGGCGCGCCUGGACCAGUGCAUGCUGGGCGGGCGCGCGCGGAAGCCGACCUGCCUCAGUGGCGCGCUGCAGGGAAUGGAGGCCCUGAACGAGUUGCGGUGCGACGGCUCCCACGUCCACGCGUCCGCCGAGGGCAAGCUGGCCGACGGGGCCUUUCGCGCGAGCCCCCUCGCGCAGCACCCAGAGGCGAUGUGCGAGACGCUGGGGGGCAUGGUAAUGCAGAACCUUGCCUGCUUCGAGCUGAGCGGCUUGGGAGGCGCGGGCUGGCGACGGCCGCCCGAGGCAGACGGGGCGGCGACGGCCUGGGGCACGCGCAGCUCGACUGCCCCCGCCGUGGCCGUGCGGAACGAGGACGUGCUGCGAGGACGAGGGCUUGUGCUGGACGGGCCGCAUCUGGCCUUCUACCUGCACGUCGACGACGGCGCGGUGAUGGCAGGAGGCAAGGACGGCGGCUCACGAGCGACGAGUACGAUGCACCAGCUAGCGGACGCCCUGGCCGAGGCGGGCUUCGUGGUCACCGACCGCGCGGAGGCCUGCGACAUGCGGAAGGUGCUGGGCUACGCGCCUCAGGCGCGGCCAGCGCAGCUGUGCAUCCCCAGUGCGGUCUUCCGACUGCUGGAGAGGUACUCGCACCAACGGGUGAGCACCUGGGCGACCGUCCGCAGGGAGCUGCGGGCCAUGGCCAAGGUGGUGCCGCUGAUGUACGCGGACUUGGGGGCCCCACCUGCGCCCGUCUACUUCGCCGCGGAUGCCGUGGGCGCCAACGCCGAGGACGACGGGGGCUGGGGGGCCCUGGUGACCGACAUGAGCAAAGAGAUUGCGCAGGACUUCAUUGAUACGGGCGGCAGCCUGGGCUACACCGUGGCGAGACUGGACGGCGAGCUGACUGGACUGCGGCGCCCGGAGCAGAUGAUCAGGAGGACGACGCCCUUCAGCCUCCUGCCCGAUCGCGCGUUCAAGCCCGACGAGGACUGGACGAUCGUGGGCCAGGGGAGGUGGCGAUCAGCCGACCACAUCACCCUGGGUGAAGGGCGCUGCGUCGUGAAGAUCAGCAGGCUGGCGGCCGCCACGCCUGCCCUCCACCGCACCGUGCCGCCGAUCUUGGAGGACAACCAGCCAGUGUCAGGCGCCGUGCACAAAGGAAGGUCCCCCGCGCACCAGCUGAACCGUCUGCUGCGACUGAAGACCGCGGCGGGGCUAGCAUCACGAACUAAGAUUUUGAUUCCAUGGAUGGAGACACUCAAGCAGCCUGCCGAUGAAAUAUCGAGGUGCCUGAACCGUGCUGAGCUCCGCGGCCUACGUCAUGUCGGGGCCGAGGAAGCUGGACAGCACUUCUGUUGA